UUGACGAUCAAUUAUCAGUUGCCUAAACAGUUGAAGAUCGGACCUCGAGGCUAGCAAUACAAAAGUGUACUAUCAGGCUCAUGAUGUGCCCAGUUCUUCCGAACCUGGAGCAAAGAUUUGCUGGUUGAAACUCAUGCACGACUUCCUGCAACCAGCCAUCCGUAUAUUUUACAGUCUUGAGAAGCUGUGCAGGAGUAGCGGUCAUGAAUCACGUAUCCAAGAGCAAUUCUCCAUCCAUGCAAACAUGCGUGGAUAGUUCUUUGAAUUCUUACUUGGCGGUCGAGGUUUCGAACGUGGCGGGGGAGGAGCUGAAAGAGUUUGUGGGUGACAUCGAGAGUGUGGGAAAAGGAAAGCAAGAGGGAUUACUUUUGCAACCAGAAUUCCUCUCACAAGUGCCACAGGAUAAUGCAUGUGAGCAUGUUUUGUUCGAGGAAGAGAAGCAUGCAAGAAAGCUCCAGGUGGAAGAGUUAUACUUCGAUAACACUCGAGAUGAUUUGAGGCAACGAUGGCAGGUUUUAUCCCAGAAUCAAGAUCUUCUUUGGCAUAAAAAGAGGGUCUUUCAACUAUUCGGUCGUGUGAUGAUGCUGCUCGAAGAGAAGCUGUCAUGUGCCAAAGAAGUGGAGAAACUGAGUAAAACAUUGAGUGAAGAGAAGUGUUUAGAUCAGUCCAGUUUAACGUCGGAGACAGCGGCAUUCAGACAUGAUUCAUCUCCUUCUUUACGUGCUUUAAACUUUGACAUCAUGCACAAGCGAAGAAGUCCUUCUCCUACGCAUGGUUUUUCCCAAGAGAUCAGGAAAGGGACUUUCAAUCUUCAGUUAUCGGACUCUAGUCCUGGCUAUAUCAGUCUCACAACUUCAACGUCUUCAGGCUCACCUUUCUUGCAAUCAGAUCGUGGAGGAGUUGCAAGGGGACCUGCAUUUAAUUCAGUCGGUGAGCCUUAUUUCCCUUGUGAGUGGGGCAUGCCUUCGAAGCAGAUAUCAUCUAAAGUUGCCACCAUGUCAUUACCUCUAUCAGUGCAAGAAUCUCGAAUAAAAGAUCCUCCGUAUCCAAUAUUCUUUGAAAGAGAAGCCAGUCACUCAUUUCGCAAGUUUACUUCAUCGGAAGGAAGUCAAGUGCCCUUCGACGAGUUUAAAGGUUCAUCAAAUUCUUCUUCAACCCAACAUUCAUCUCCUGAUUAUGGAUUUCCGAUUCGUCCUCCAUCAUUUUAUUCUGAAGAUUACGAGAACAUUAAGUUGAGGAGAGCAUCAAGGAAGACUAUAAGUCAACAAGGUCAGUUCAAGACUGAGCUAUGCAAGAAUUGGGAGGAAAGGGGUGGUUGUCCAUAUACUGCAAACUGCCGGUUUGCGCAUGGUAUUGAAGAGCUUCGUCCGGUCGUUCGACACCCUUUGUAUAGGACUCAGAUUUGUAGAAUGCUUGUUGAAGGUAGGGAUUGUAUUUAUGGUCAUCGUUGUCAUUUCCGACAUUUUUAAGCAAAUGAGGAAAGGUUAACUGUUAACAGAAUUCAGAAGAAGCCAUACUGAUUUAGCAAUGUAAUAUUAUCGACACAUGUCAUGUUACGAUCACACAGUAGUUGCAUGAUAAGAAAUUGUGAUUAGGAGUCUAGUACUCACUCGGUUCAUGUAGUAGCAUCUUUCCAUCGAGCUAUCCAGAUGGCGUCUAUUCUUAUUAGUGUAUUAUUUGAUAGAACGAUACCUUAACCUCCGUCAGACUAGUUUAGCAUCAACAAAGUCAUAAGCAGCAACAAAAUGCAACUCUAUACAUAAACACUAUCUCUUGGAUACAUAUUUCAAUUUUUAUUCCGGUAAACAUUUCAUUAAUGUAAUUGGAUGUGUUAUGUAAUCUAAAUUCAAAAAAGC